UCCGGUGUCUCGUAACAUUUUACUUCCUUUCACACAGACCGACACGAACAAACCGAAAAAAGAAGACGUCGCUAAGUGUUAAGUAUUGUCGCCAGAAAGCCUCCUUCCGCGCCCGGUCCGUUGAGUAUUUCUGUCGGCCAUAGCGUGGCAUGUGGCGCUCGGUGUCCCGGCAGUGAGAAUUAGCAGAGAACCGCAGACUGGAACGUGUAGGCCUCCGAGGGAAGAAAGUUUAGCAGUCGGGCCUGUAAACAACAUGUCGUCCACCUCGCAGCCUUCCUCCAGACGGCAGUGGUGCUACCUCUGCGACCUGCCCAAGAUGCCGUGGGCCAUGCUGUGGGAGUUCAGCGAAGCGGUGUGCCGGGGCUGCGUCAACUACGACGGCGCGGACCGCAUCGAGCUGCUGAUCGAAACGGCGCGGCAGCUCAAGAGCACGCACGGGGUGUUAGACGGCAGGUCCCCGGGACCCCAGCCGAGCAAGCCCGGCUCGGUGGGCACCGUCGAGGCGGGGCGGCAGCACGGUGAGCGCGUGGACCGGGGGAGGGGGGAGUUCGGGGUGUCCUCCCGGCUCCCGAACGGCCUGCACCGGGCUGAGGACGUGGCUUUGUCGGAGGGGAGCCGCCAGAGCCCCAACACCCGCCGGGCCGUAGCCGGCGCCGUUCCCGGGCUCCACAGCACCAUAUCUCACGCCUUGAUUGCUCAAGGGUUGGUGGCAGCUCCUCAUGGGAUUUUAGCCCCGUUAUCAGGCUCCCGAACAGGCAGCGCGGCAAUCGCGGUCUCAGCGGGGCCCCUCAUGGGGGACGGCGGCAGGAGGCAGGCGGUGUCUCUGGGUGCCAGCACGUCGGCUCUGGUGGGCAUAGACCCGGCGGUGUGGAGGAACAAUGAGGUGAUGGCAGAACUGAACGAGGUGGCCAGGAACCGGGUGGAGGGCUGGCCGAACCGACCCAAGGCGGUCCGGGAUGUGCUGGUGGCCCUCAGCAACUCCAUCCCCUUCAACGUGCGCUUCAGGAAAGACCACAACUUCCAGGGCCGGGUCCUGGCUUUUGACGCCAACACCACCCCGGAGUUUGAGCUGAAGGUGUUCGUGGAGUACCCCGUGGGCUCCGGCAUGAUCUUCUCAGGGAUCCCAGACCUGGUCCGCCAGAUGUUCCGGGAUUCGGCCAAAGACGCGGGCAAAGCUGUGAACUCUGGGCUGCGAUACGUGGAGUACGAGAAGCGGCAGGGCACCGGGGACUGGCGCGGGCUGUCCGAGCUGCUCAACGACAGCGUGCGCAUGUUCAAGGAGCCCCCCAUCCCAGAGGUCCUGCCCCAGCCGGACCCGGUGCUGUCGUUGGCGGCCGCCGGGCGCCCCGGUCCGGCCAAGAGCACGGCCCGGCGCCGCAAGGCCUCCCCCGGCUCAGAGAACGGAGAGAGCGACGGGAGAGCCGAUCACGCGGCGAGGGAGUCCUGGGCCCGGGGGGCCUACGCAGACCCUAUCCCCGGCAUGGCCGCCCCCCAGGAAGGUCCGCCGCGUCUCCACAGCCAGCCGUCGCCCAUCUCGGCCCUCAUGGGGGUCACGGAUAGCCUGAGCUCCAGUCAGAUGCCCAGAGACAGCCCGGGCAUGUCGGCGGCCCACUCCUCCUCGGCGGCCGGCCGCUCCACCAGCAGCAGUCCCUCCACCGCCUCCACCUCCGCCUCCCAGGCGGCCAUGGGGCAGGGGAUGAGCGCGGUGGGGCCGAGCAGCAACGCCAGCGGCGGGGAGAGCGCGGGCGGCACGCAGGGCACCCUGCUCUGCUGCACCCUCUGUAGGGAGCGCCUGGAGGACACACACUUUGUCCAGUGUCCCUCUGUCCCUCACCACAAGUUCUGCUUUCCCUGCACCCGGGCCUUCAUCCGCAGCCAGGGUCAAGGAGGGGAGGUGUACUGCCCCAGCGGGGAGCGCUGCCCCCUGGCCGGAUCCACCGUGCCUUGGGCCUUCAUGCAGGGGGAGAUCUCCACCAUCCUGGCCGGAGACGGAGACGUGACGGUGAAGAAGGAGGAGUGACCCCCGACGUCUCCGAGCUGCCAUGGUGAAUGGGGAUCAAACACUUUGAAAGCACUUCCCUUUUUAUCUCAAGCAGAGGUCCACUUCGGCUGCAUUUCAUCAUGUGUGCCUCCAUAAGCAGAGUAAGUCAGAAGCCCCAGGAGGACUAACUACACCAGGAUCAGUCAGUAAAGACGAGAACUCACCAGUGAGGAGGAGGCGGAGCCUGUGGAGGCUCAGACCAGCCGUUCUUCCUCGCUCCACGUGGCUGACGCCUCCUUUCAAACAGCCCAGGACAGAAAGCACACGUUUGUCUGACAAUCUGAUUAUUUCUUUUUUUUUUUUUUGUUCUAAAUGUUGCAUUGUGUAUUAAACAGAUGCAGGACAGCGUUAUUGAUUGAUGGCUUGGCAAAAGUAAUGAAAUUCUUUAGAGGAAAAAAAGCUGAAUGUUGAACACAAACCCAUUUGGUCCUUAAAGCCAAGGAGUGCAAAAAUGUAAUCCCACAGUAUGUCUCGUAGGUAUUCUUCUGUUGUAUGUUUCAAAUGUGAACUUCCUUUCAAUAUGGCUAUGUAAUUUCUAUUUUUGAUACAAUACAAAUUUCUAUGUAUUUGUUUAUAGUGAUAAGAAGACCAAAGAUGGCUUCCUGCUCAGUGUAAUUUUCUGGUAGCUGUGUAUGCUGUAUUCACUGAUAACCUUGGCAUCAGUCACUAAUUAGUCCAUCUAUCAGAUGUAUGCUUGUUUUGUCUAUUUACUUUUUGAAUUUUAUGUAUGGUUAAGAUAAUUAGCAUCACAUUGAAUGGCUAACCCACACUUAUGUGAUCUGAACAGGUCAAUUCUACAAUAAAGACUAAAUAGUCA